AUGAUGCCUUCAAGUAAUUACAUUGCUGCGACUACCGGUAAUACGCCUAAUACUGCUCAAUUCAAUCAAUUUCAACAAGCACCACAACAUUUUACACCGAUACAAACAACCAAUUUUACCUUAACACCCACUUAUCAAUUGUCAGCGCCACCCUCAAAUCCCACACCUAUAAUAACCUAUCAUCGGAAACAAUAUGUUCAACAUCAGCCACCCUCCACAUCCCAUUAUAUUUCAUCUAUUUCUCAGACACCAUCACCUACUCUUAAUCACACAAUAUCUUCAAAUUAUAUUUCAUCAUCCUCGUCACCAUCGUCGUCUACAGAAAUGAAAGAUCAUGAUGCUGUUAAGUUAUUUGUUGGACAAAUACCAAGACAUUUAGAAGAAAAUGAUUUAAGACCCGUAUUUGAAGAAUUUGGUCAAAUUUAUGAAUUAACCAUUCUGAAAGAUCGAUUUACAGGAAUGCAUAGAGGUUGUGCAUUUCUUACCUAUUGUCAUCGUGAGAGUGCUCAAAAGGCUCAACAAGCAUUACACGAAAGACGAACGUUACCAGGAAUGAGUCGUCCAAUUCAAGUUAAACCAGCGGACAGCGAAAGUCGAACAGGCAAGCCUUACGCAGCUUAUAUUCAAGAUCGCAAAUUAUUUGUUGGUAUGUUAAAUAAACAAAUGACAGAAGAAAACGUUCGAAGUAUAUUUGAGCCAUAUGGAACAAUUGAAGAAUGCACAAUUCUUCGUGGACCAAGUGGCGAUAGCAAAGGUUGCGCAUUUGUCAAAUAUAGUACACAUAAUGAAGCUCAACAAGCUAUUCAACACGUUCAUGGUAGCCAAACAUUUUCUGGUGCAUCAUCGAGUAUAGUUGUGAAAUUUGCUGAUACGGAAAAAGAACGUCAACUACGUCGAAUGCAGCAAUUAGCUGGACCACUUGGCUUGUUAUCUAAUCCGUUGGUAUUACAGCAAAUUGCAGCUAAUUUGAACUAUCAAGGCUAUACACAGAUUGCUGCACAACAACAAGCUGCAGCCAUGUUGGCCACAUCAGCCGGAACACAUCAAACAUACACGAUUCCUGUACUGACGACUGCAUCUGGUCAGUUGACAAAUGGCGCAAUGACACCGUCAACAGUUAAUGCAUCACCAGUCAAUAAUGGUCCACCUACAAUAAUUUCUCCUGCAGCUUUCCAAACAGCCGUUCAAGGCCACAAUGGUCAAGGCGAUAUAUUCUCAUCGGGAAUGCAAUAUCCAAUGCAAGCUAUUGACACAGCAACUGGUUUGCAAUUACAACAGGCUACUUAUACAACAUUGCCAACACAAUAUGCACCAAUUUAUACUCCUACAGCUAUUUAUAGCCAUUUGGCACCAACGCCAACAGUCAUUCCAGGAACAUUGGGUUCACAAAAAGAAGGACCCGAAAAUUCCAAUCUUUUUAUAUAUCAUCUACCUCAAGAAUUUGGCGACGCCGAAUUGGCUCAAAUGUUUAUGCCUUUCGGCAAUGUUAUAAGUGCAAAAGUGUACGUCGAUCGAGCAACAAAUCAGAGUAAAUGUUUCGGUACGGUUGGUGUGAUCGGUUCAAAAUUCAAUGAUUUGAUUAAAAAAACAAUAUUUGUUCGUGAUUUUGCUUUUGAGGCUCCAUCCUUUUAUGUUGUGACGUAUUAUUUAUUACCUAUUGCAGGUUUUGUUAGUUAUGAUAAUCCAUCGUGUGCUCAAUCAGCAAUACAAUCAAUGAAUGGUUUUCAAAUUGGCAUGAAACGUUUAAAAGUUCAAUUAAAACGUCCAAAAGAUAUGGCUAAACCUUAUUAA